UUAGUGUUACUUCCAUCCGCCAUUUUCUUGGAACUUAUCAGGAGAGAGUGAAAAAGUUAAGAAAAUCAUGUCUUCUUCAGAACCUGAGCAGCUGCGAAAAAUUUUCGUCGGUGGUCUAAAUCGUCGAACAACAGAAGAAAGUUUGAAGGAGUAUUUUUCAGCGUGGGGGAACAUCGUAGACUGUGUUAUUAUGCGUGAAGGCAAAAAUGGGCCUUCGCGUGGAUUCGGAUUUGUCACGUUCGAUAACGCUCAAGCUGUUGAUGAUUGUUUGAAAGUGAAAAACCACGAGCUGGAUAACUGGGAAAUUGAACCAAAACGGUCGGUUCCCAAGGGCGAAGCUCAGUCGAGGACACGAAAGAUUUUUGUCGGUGGGUUGGCAAGCACGGCCACAGAGGAAGAUGUGGAAGAAUAUUUCACUGGCUUGUGUGAAAAAUUCGGCAAGGGAAAAAUAUUGGAUAUCGACCUCAAAAGAGACAAAGAAAAUCCCAGCCGGCUCCGUGGCUUUGCAUUCGUCACUUUCGACAAUGAAGAAGUGGUUGAGAGCAUUUGUUCGAUCAGUUUUCAUCAAAUAAAGCUUAAGCAGUGUGAAGUUAAGAAGGCAGAAUCUCAAGCCACCAUGAGGAAGAAGGAGGAACAAGAGUUAAAGGAGUCACGGCGCUCAAACGGAGCACUGAAUACUCCGAGCUCUGAAGGUUUCCCAGGUUGGGGCUCCAGUGGUGGAAGUUUCAAUGCAAUGAAUUCUGGAUAUGGAGGCUCUGGUGGAAGAGGGAAUUUUGGAGGUCCUGUCAGCAGUGGAGGUGGUAAUGGUGGCAGUUUUGGGACUGGUGGGAUGCCUGGUACUGGUAGCAUGGGUGGUUUUGGGGCUGGUGGGUUUGGUAAUCCUGCAGCAGCAGCUGCUGCAUUAAUGAGUGGAUUCAAUCCGGCAGCUUUUGGUGGAUUUGGUCCUGGUGCAAUGGGUAACUUUGGUCCUGGUUUUGGGUUCAAUGGUAUGGGAUUUGGUGGUUUUGGGCCAGGCUUUUUUGGUGGUUUUGGAGGGUUUGGCCCAGGCGGUUUUGGAGGGGGAGGUGGAGGAGGAGGAGGAGGAGGAGGUGGAGGAAGUGGUGGGACGGGAGGUUUUGGAGCCGGAAGUGGGUACGGCGCUGGGAGUGGUGCAAGUUAUGGUGGUGGGGGAGCCUCUGGAAGAGGUCAUUCUCAUAGUAGUUCUAGCAACUAUGACAAAGAUAAUUACAAUGAAGUUCCUUAUGGUAUGGGAGAUGUUAAGGGCAGCAUGGCUGGGGAGCGCAAUGUCUCCUCAGCUAUGGCAGGCUCUAGCGGUACUGGUGGAAGUUCUGGUGGUGGAUAUGAAGGGAUGAACAACCCAAUGGCUUCAGCUUAUGGCAGCUAUCCUGGAUUUGGCUUUGGAGGCUUUCCCUCCAUGGGUGAUUGGAAUCAGUUUGCUGCAGCUGCUGCUGCUGCAGGUGGUGGGGUUGGGGGAUCAGGAGGAGGGCCUGGUGAUUAUCAGAUGGGGAACUAUGGUCAGAUGAAUUCCAGCUAUGGUCCCGCCAAUCGUAUGAAUAGUCGUGGUGCAAAUGGAGGUGACAAAAAUAAUCGAGGAUUCAGACCUUACUGAGGAAUAGAAGAGUACAGUUAAUUGUAGCUGCAGUGAGUGACAGACAGUUACAGCAAGAGAACUGAACACAUUUGAAACAACAGAGUAGACAGGCAUUCACAGCCACUGCAUCUUAUUCAGAAGCUUGGAAGUGUGUAGUGUACAAAGAAUAGGGAAGCUGCUGCUGUAGACUUGAGAUGUAGAAAUAACACAUAUAGAAACAGAUUGAUGUUAAUUCAUAAAGUUGGUAAAAUUAACAUUUUAGUAAGCUGGACUUUGAAUUGAAUCAUAGCUGCAGAGUGAUGUUAGCAAACAGCAGAAAUAUAUACUUACACAGUCAAAACAAUCAAUCUUAGCACAGUUCAUCCCUUCUUGAUCAAUUGUUUGAGAUAUUUUGCUUGUGAAUUGUAACAGCCCAUCAGAUUUACUCUAGCUCUUUGCAUGAGAUUUCCUAGCCUAGUUAUAAAUCAAGAAAAUAUCUUAAAUCUCCUAAAUUAGCAUAAAUUCAGAAAUUUGUUGUCUUGCAACAAAUUUGUGAAAUUUCCUAUUUUAGAUUAGUUUCCAUCUGCUCAUUUGGUGUAAACAGUCAAAGGUGUGGUAGAUUCAUGAAAAAAAACCUACUCUUGUUGCAUAGAGCAAUUGAUUUUUUGUAGUAUUGUUGCAGUAUUAUUUACUGACAUUUAGAUCUCAGCUGUAUAGGAAAGGAUAGUAAGUAUUAGUUGUAAAUGACUUGAUAGUUAUCUAAUGGGGGCCAAUGAGGAGAAUGUAGAUAAUAUGCAAUUGGUUUGUGUUGACAUUGGCACCUUAAUAAACCUAAUACUCCAUUUUAGAAUAGUAAUGAUAAUUAGCAGAUUGAAAUAGUUAGCAAACUUGUAUUGAAAACCAUAGAGACAUCUUGAAUUAGUGACUUCUAUUAAGGACACAAAAAUUGGUUCAGAUUGCGGUUUUGUAAACCUGGAAGUUAAUAACAUUUAUAUUGGGUAGCAGACUUGUCUACACUAUAGGGAGUCAUGUGUCUCAAUUCUUAGUUUUGUCAUUGUCAGAGCUGUGUAUAAAACCGUUUUCCUUAAACACAUUUAAAUAAGAAAAGAACAGAAAGACAGAAGCUUAUAAUUUUUAAUUUAACUGCUCUAGGCUGACAGCCUUUGUUUUGAGUUGAAUGUGUUAGAAAAUUUGUGUAGGUCUAAUGAAGAACAAGCUAGCAAUUGUGGGGAAACAAUCUCCCGUGAGAUGGGGGAUUAUAGUAACUUGAGGAAGUUAUAUUGUAGCCAGGAUAUUAGAUUGCAUUUGACUGUUUGACUGUCUACCCCUAGAGGAGAGGUCUGAUUACUAUGCUUCAGUGUAAUCCCAAUCCAGUUCAGUUGUAACAAAUCAUCCCAAUUUUGUCUAAGAAAGUUAUCAUCUUUUUUGUGGGGACAAAAAUUGACUCCAGGCUUAGAACUAUUCUCAGAGAGGUCACAUAGACUAGAGACACAUAAAAUUGGUCACCUGAAUAUCAUCGCGUGAUAAAUCAGUGAAGUGGAAUCUCUUCCCAACCCUAAAACACUAAUAUCAUCAUCUGCGCCUUUAAAAACUUGACUUGCCUUUUAAGAAAAAAAAUGAAAUUUUCUGUAGGAUUAAAAGAAUUAAAAUGAAAAACAAGCUGGUAAGUCUCUCUCCUAACAUGUAAGUUGUAUUUGAUGAGAAAUAAAGUUGUUUCUUUGCAAA